AGUGUGCUUUGGACCCACAGCUGCUUAAAAUGCGCUAAUUAGCCAAACAGGAUUUGCUUUUGCUGUGUUUACGCUGGAAUAAUAAACUUUCUCAGCAAAUGUUUUCAAGGGGCCCUUUCUUAUGAGCCAAAGACGACAUGAUUCACUGUCUCAGAUGGACCGUUUUCCUGUGGAUCGUAAAUUCCAUUCCUUUUACUUCAGGAAUGACAGUGAAUGAGAGAAUAGAUCAUACAUGUCCACCCAUGAAGCUGGAAGAGAAGUGGCAUACCAAUGUGAACAUUCACAGAGAAUUCACAGGGUUUGAUUUAGCUGAGAAGUUUCUUCUCAGAAAAGGCACGGUGACGGACAACGGGCUGUUGUUGAGACUGGGGAGUAAACCAUUGUUUAAACCAACAGAAUCUGUGUUCCCAAAUGGACUUUCUCAUGAGUACUCCAUUAUUGCCACGUUACGGCUCAGAAAAACCACAAAGAAAGAUCGCUGGUUUAUUCUGCAGAUCUUUGAUAAAGGUGGAGAUACACAGGUGUCACUAAUAGUGGAUGGAGCUAAAAAAACAGUAGAGUUUUUGGCUCAGGGUUUUCUGAAAAACAGCCUCCUCUACGUGUUCAAGAACCGAGAUCUGCACGCCCUCUUCGAUCGACAGUUUCACAAGCUUGGUGUGUCUGUCGAGAGCAAUGCGGUCUCUAUCUACCUGGACUGCAAAUUAAUUGAGCGUCAGGUGACCGCUGAAAGGUCUGGCAUGAACGUGAGUGGACGCACAUUCAUCACCACUCGAGUGGAGGAUGGACGUCCAGUGGAUAUUGAACUUCAGGAGAUUCUGAUCUUCUGUGAUGCUAGAAUAGCCGACCUGGACAGAUGCUGCGAUUCUCCUGGAGUUAUGUGUGAACCUGUAGUGACCCACAACCCCACAGCGGCCCCACUGGUCACAGGAUACCUCCACAGAAUGCUGUCCAUGCCAGCCCAGCUGCCCACCGACCGAUGCCACUGUCCUGCUCUGAAGGGGGAUCAAGGGCUUCCGGGUUUGGCAGGACAUUCUGGACAAAAGGGAGAUAAAGGAGACAUGGGUUUGAAAGGAGAUCCUGGACCUCAAGGCCUACCUGGUCUCAAAGGUGAUAAAGGGGAACCAGGCCUGCCAGGUCCGGGAACACUCUCGGUUGAACAGCAAGCUCAAAAAGGGGACCAGGGUCCCUCAGGAAUUCCCGGAGAAAAGGGAGACGCUGGCCUGCCCGGUCAACCAGGAGCACCAGGGAAAGAGGGCAAAAGGGGUCGACGGGGGAAAACAGGAGAACAAGGGGCUCCAGGACCACCGGGUCCACCUGGAACAUGUGAUGCUGAAGCUGUUAAGGGGAUGAAGGGUGACCCAGGUGUUACAGGAAAGGAUGGACUGAAGGGCGAUAAAGGGGAUCCUGGUUUGCCUGGCCUGGAGGUAGCCAGUGGAAUAAAGGGGCAAAAGGGUGAGGAAGGCCCCAGAGGACCAUCAGGCCCUGUGAUGACAGCACAUGGACUUAGACUUUCUGGAACUGGGGAAGGAGGUCAGAAAGGAGAGAAAGGAGACCAGGGUGAAAAAGGUUCUGAGGGCUCAAAAGGUCUUCAGGGCAAUACUGGAUUGCCUGGACUGACAGGGGCACCAGGACUUGAGGGAAAGCAGGGUCCAACUGGUCCCAUUGGCCUUCGUGGUCUUCCAGGAGACCCAGGCUCUCCCGGUCAGCUAGGACUGCCUGGAAAAGAUGGAAUGAAAGGAGAAAAGGCUGAUGCAGGUGGAGCGCCGGGACCGAUAGGCCCCCCGGGCCUCAAGGGUGAACCUGGUCAUCCUUGCUCUGUCGGACUUUGCAAUGGGGAGGAGGUCGUGUCUGGCCUUCGGGGGUUGCGGGGCCCUAAGGGUGAGCGUGGUGUACCUGGAGUACCUGGAGAUGCUGGAGAGAAAGGAGAACUUGGCAUUGGAAUCACUGGACCCCCUGGUCUGAUGGGACCUAAAGGCGAACCAGGAAUUCAGGGUCCUCGUGGACCUCCAGGACCACUUGGAGUGCAAGGAAUUAUGGGACCUCCAGGCCCACAAGGCAGACCAGGACCCCCUGGACCCCCUGGAGAACCGACAGCACUACCUAUUGUUGGAGACAUGGGGACAUUACUGAAGGUACUGUUUCAUCCAGCUGUCUAUCCUCCUGUGCACUUAUUUUUACUGCAGUCUAGUGGAUGCUAA